AUGUCCAUUUCUAUUUAUUUUUUCAUUUCAAGUCCUUUUGAUAAUUUUAAUUUUUCCUUCUUUUUUGGAAAAUUUCUUCCUAUUUUUUUCUUCCUUUUUAUAUUAUAUCCAAAUCUAUUUAUUUCUCCUUCAUUUCCCUCCUUCCUACUUUUUCAAUCAUUUUUUCCUUUUUCAUUAAUAAUAUUUCAUUCCUUUUUUUUUCUUUUUUUAUUAGUCUCUAAAAUUUAUUUUAUCAUUACUUUCCUUUUUCUUUUCCUUUUAUUCCUUGAUAAAGAAUUACUUUCUUUUCUUCUUACUUUCCUUCAUUUCCUCGUCCUUCCAGCUUUAUUCAAUCAUUUCAUUCCUUUUUUUCAUUUUUCCUUCUUUCCAAUUUUUUAUUCCAACAGUUAUUACUCUCCAUUUCUAAUAGAAAUGCCUUCAAUUCCAUCGUCUUUCCUGCUUUAUUCAAUCAUUUCAUUCCUUUUAUCAUUACUCUCCUUCUUUCCCGCCUUUUUUAUUCCUUACUUAGUUAUUACUCUCCAUUUCUAUUUACUCUCCUUCAUUUCCCUCGUCCUUCCGGCUUUAUUCAAUCAUUUCAUUCCUUUUAUCAUUACUCUCCUUCUUUCUGCCCAAAAGUUUAUUCCUUCAAAUCAAAAUUACUCUCCAUUUCUACUUUUACCAUUUGUUCAUUUCCCUUGUCCUCUCUUUAUUUGA